AUGGCUGAUAACACCGAAUACGACCCCGUUGAGGCUGCCGAGAAGAAGAAGAACAGAACCUUCCGCAAGUUCUCAUACCGCGGUGUCGACCUCGACCAGCUCCUUGAUCUCUCCUCAGAAGAGCUCCGCGAUCUCGUCCAUGCCCGCGCCCGUAGACGGUUCAACCGUGGCUUGAAGCGCAAGCCGAUGGGACUUAUCAAGAAGCUUCGCAAAGCUAAGAAGGAGGCCAAGCCCAACGAAAAGCCUGACCUCGUCAAGACCCACCUCCGUGACAUGAUCAUUGUCCCUGAGAUGAUUGGAUCAGUCAUUGGCAUUUACUCCGGAAAGGAGUUCAACCAGGUUGAGAUCAAGCCUGAAAUGGUUGGAUUCUACUUGGGAGACAAACCCGUUAAGCACGGUCGUCCCGGUAUCGGUGCCACCCACUCUUCAAGGUUCAUCCCGCUCAAAUAA